AUGCAACCACAACAACCUUCCUCCUCUUCAACCACUGCUUCCAUUCAUUCCGUUCUGGGAGAUUUAGUGGCACACUAUCCUCACUCUGCUCCCAUCAUUCUCAACGAAGAGAAUAUUGAUUACUGUUGUGGAGGACAGAGACAAUUGUUGGAGGCUGUUGGCAACGAUUCGGAACAUGCUCAACGAGUGAUUGAGAGAAUUCUCAAGAAAGAACAGUCCGCAAUUGAGAACAAGCAAAACGAAACGAUCAAUUUCUUGUCCAUGUCGGCACAAGAUCUUGUGGAUCACAUUAUCGAACAUCAUCACAAGUAUUUGAGAGAAAACAUUCCAAAACUUUCUGAACUCUUAUUGAAAAUAUAUACAGUCCAUACAGGAAAGUUGCUUCAACAACAUGAAAAGGUUUCAGAGGAGACUAGAAGAUCCAUUGAACUCUUGGAAAAUAUGUAUCGACUGUUCAUGAAACUCUCUACUGAGCUCUUAAUACAUUUGGUGAAAGAGGAGAAGGAAAUUUUCCCAACCCUUAUUCGAUAUUUAGAAGAGGAAAAGGAUCAAACUCAUCACACCGAAUCAUCAAGAAGACUUGUGAAAGAUUUUAUCGAGAGCCUUCUGAAGGAUCACAAUGAGGCUGGUGAUGCCAUUAAAGAACUCGCCAGCAUGAGAAAGACAUUGCCUAAUUAUUGCAAAACUGUUGAGUUGACGAAGAAACUGUUGUUAGAAAUGGAGGAGAAUUUAUAUAUUCAUGUACACUUGGAGAACAAUAUUCUUUUUAAGAGAGUUCAAAACAUGUAG